CGGCAGCCAUGAGCCUAGAUCUAGGUCUCCUCCUCCCUUCCUGGUUACCCUAAAUAAGGGCCAAGGGUUUAUCGAUCCGGGAAAAUGGGGCUCGUCCUGCUGCUCCUCCUGACGCUCACCGGAGUAAUCCAGGCGCUGGCAGCUUACAGCGAUGUGUUCCGCCACGCUUCCGCGCCUCAAUUCCACCACGGUGCCUUCCAGGACAUCAGCGAUAGCAUCCGAUUCGAUGUCCAUCGCUUCCUGCAUUCUCGUGCCGAGGUCCCUUUCGAGGUCCCUCUGGAAGUAAAUGUGGUGCUCCUGGGAUUUAAUGGCGAUGGUGGCUACCGCUACACGCUGGAUGCGGUCAAGCUCAAGAAUGUGCUCAACCAGAGCAUUCCCCGCCACAGGCCUGCCUGCUUGGAGACUGGCCAGCGUCUCGACAUUGAGCACAAGCUCUACUACAACGUCAUACCGGCCGGCCAGAUCGAACUUUUGACUGUCGAGAGCCAUCUCAAGGGGGCCAUGGUGGCUACCAAUUCGACUGCAAGAGAGACAGAGUUUGGCAAAGUGCUUCCGUUGUACGAGGUGGAAGCCACCAAAGUUGAGCCGCUUUUCGACCGCUUGUACAGCUACCUGUUUGGUGUAGAACCGGAUGCCAACACGAGCACGCACAAACACUUGCCGGUUGCGAUUUUUAUCCUUAACCUCGACAAGGUGCGUAUGGACCCUCGAAUUCCUGUCGACGUCAACAAUGCAACACUGUCCUCGAAAAUUGAAGGGCUCACACCCGAACAGCUGAGGGAACAAGAAGGUGGCUAUAUUUACAAGUAUCGCUACAACGAAGGUGCGUCGACGCAGCUUUGGCUGAGCUCUGGAAGGUAUGCCGUGAUUGAUAUUGCGGCUGGGCCUUGUGCAUAUGGAAAAGUGGACUCGAACGAAGGCAGUGUAGGAUACAACACGGUUCCGAGGUUGCAAAGCGUCUUCUUUCCUCGAGGACGGUCUCCGAUCCAAGACACAAAAGCACACAGUGUUUUCUCCGGCCAACUUGUUGCGCUUGUCGCAUCUGCUGUUGAGUACUUGAUAUCACCAGAUGUCAGGUAUGAAACAGUGGACGUUGCGCAGAGGCUUCUGGUUUCUGUCAUAAUCUUGAGAAACCAUCAACAAAAUACUCUACUUCAUUCCGGGGGAAACGAUACAAUAGACAUGGAUGCAAUCGAGAGAGAGGUCAAGAAACUGGCCGAGCCGGGGCAGGAGGUAGUUGUCGUUGGAGGAACACAUAACUUGCAUGACCACGAGAAGCUGGCAAUUGCUGUUAGGAAAGCAUAUCGCAGUUUGUCAACUCAUGAGACUACGAAGGACGGACGGUAUCAAGUUCGGAUCAAACCUUACCUUGAUGGUUCUGUUCUAAGAGAGGAGUUCAAACUUUCUGCCGAUCUUCUAGCGUCGGGGCUUCUUGAACUUGCGGAGCCGUCCCUCUCAAAUAAGUUCUUCAAUUACAUGGAGGGGGAGCCAGAUGAGGACCAGUUCAAACGCGACCCAGUGAUCAAAUCCUCUUCUCGACAGGAUUGGAGGUACGGCAGCAAGCAAGACAAGGAAAAUAAGAGAGCGGAAUCCAGAUUGCAAAAUCCUCCAAAUGUGAAGAAAGCCUACGGAACCAGAGUUGUCCCCGUAUUUGUGUUGUCACUGGCUGGACUCGAUGAGGAACUUCUCAUGCAAGGAGAGAGUGCUGUCUGGACAAGUAACGACGCUGUUUUUGUUGUACAGCACGAAAGCGAUCCCUUCAAUUUAAGCUAUGUUUCGGAGACGGCGAGGAUACAAGCAGUUCCAAAGAAUCCUCAAAGACACAUCAUUGCUGGCCUGGCUGCCGUGGUGGGAGGCUUGGUGGCACCAUAUGAAAGAGCAUCGCAUGUUCAUCAGCGUCCCCUGGUAAACUGGCUCUGGGGCUCCGGUCAUCAUCCGUUUGGUCCCUUCUCUAACGCAGCAAAGAUUAGCAGCUUACAAAGUGACACGGCGUUGCGGAAUUCGAUUUAUGCACGCGUGGACCAAGCUCUUCGAGCUAUAAGACAAUCCACAGAGAGCAUCCAAUCAUUCACAAAUGAGUUCCUGAAAACUCCGCUUGGAGAGCCUGUGAAGGGUAAGAAGCCACAGUCUGUUGCGGGACUGUGGCUCGACAAAUUCUACAAGAAGACUACGAACCUUCCCAUGCCAAUUCCGCACGAGCUGGUCCAGCAACUGGAAACUUACCUGGAUGAACUGGAGACGCAGCUGGUGGAAGUGUCGUCUCGUUUGUACAAUCAUGAACUGCUGGAGGCACAUGAAAACUCCACACACCUGCUGCAAUACACGACAUUUGCCAAAGCCUAUGUGGAGCAUGUCCUGGAAACGGAGAGAGACCGGAUGAGGUGCUGUCAUGUGGAGCAUUCGAUACCAGUCCAGAGCUCCCAGGCCCUGAUUUACGGGGUGAUAUUGCUUACGGGCUUUGUCAUAUAUUUCCUCGUCAUUUCACUUUCAGGUGACAAAUGGUAAAGCAAACGAAAAGCUUUUGAGGAACACAAUUUUGGCACCUGUGAAAUAAUAGAAACACCUAACGUCUUCGAUCGUCA